AUGGAGGGGCCCGCGGUGGCCGCCGUUGCUGCUGAGACCCCAGCCGCAGCAACCCAGCAGCAGCAGCAGCAACAGGAGCCACAGCAGCAGCAGCAGCAGCAGCAGCAGCAGCAGCAGGCCCCACAGCAGCAGCAGCAGCAGAGUGAUGGCAGCCGCAAUUCCAAGGCAGUUUUCUCCCUAAAGAAGCCGACGCUCCUCCCCAAGUCUCUUCAUUACCGUCCGCAGACACAAGAGUGGCGCGUGAAAUACCGCUGCGGCGGGGCAGUUCACUGCAAGACCUUCUCAGCGCAGACGUACGGCGUGGAGACAGCGCAUGCACUGGCCCUCUGGUACCGGCAGCGAGUUGCUGCUGAGGGUUGUGUCCCUUCGGAGGCGCAGAUAAGAGAGACUUUGCUGCAGCUGACAGCAGCAGAGAAGCAGCAGAAGCCAGCAGCAGCAGCAGCAGCAGCAGGGGCAGCAGCAGCAGCAGCGGCAGGGGCGGAGGAGGAGGCGGGGAAAGGCGCCAAGGGGCUCGAGCAGCAGCAGCAGCAGCAGCAGCAGCAGCCGGUGAAGGACGCAGCAGCUGCUGCUGCUGCAGCAAAUGCAGCGGCGCUGUCUUCUGCGGUUGUGGCUGCUGCUACUGUUGCUGCUGCUGCAGCAACAGGAAGUGCAGCAGCAGCAGCAGCAGCAACGCCCAGGCUGAAAGCAGCAGAUGUGCUGCUGGAUGCAUGCGAUGAUGCCCUCGACUUGGGACCUCCAAUGAAGGGACGCAGCAAGCUGCUGCUGCAGCAGCAGCAGCAGCAGCAGCAAAGUGCGGGCAAGCUGCAGCGGCCCCACACAGCAGCAGCUGCUGCUGCGGCAGCAGCUGGAGGCGGCGCAUGCGCUUCGGAGACGGGAGAAGCAGCAUGCAAGUCAAAAGUUGCUGUUGCUGCUGCAGCGCCACCUGCUGCUGCUGCUGCUGCUGCUGCUGCUGCACCGGCGGCGCAGAUGCUGCAGUGUGCAGUGGACUCAUUAGAGCCGAAGCCACUUCUGCCGCAGCAGCAACAGCAGCAACAGCAGCAGCAGCAGCAGCAGGGAGACGCCCCGGAAGCAGCAGCAGCAGCAGCACCAGCACCAGCGCCUGUGUCCAGCAGCAGUACAGCGGCAGAGGUAGCAGCAGCAGCAGCAGCUGCUGCUGCUGCUGCAGCGGCCCCGCCUGACCUUGUAGAGGAGCCGGCGGAGCAGCAGCAGGAGCAGCAGCAGCAGCAGGAGCAGCAGCAGGAGCAGCAGCAGCUGCAGCGCGUGCUGCUGCGACGCAGCAGCAGGCCCCCGCGGCCGUCGCCCUCUGCUGCAGCAGCAGCAAAUGUCAGCUGCAGCAGCCCCCGCAUCCACACAGGCAACAACAACGCUUCUUACCACGCCGACAAGCAGGUGCUGCUGCUGCUGCAGUUGCUGCUGCUGCUGCUGCUGCAGUUGCUGCUGCAGUUGCUGCUGAAGUUGCUGCUGCAGUUGCUGCUGAAGUUGCUGCUGAAGUUGCUGCUGAAGUUGCUGCUGCAGUUGUUGGGCUUGCUUUGGCUGCUGGGGCCGCUGUUUGUCUUGCUGCUGCUCUCGCUGCAUUUGCUGCUGCUGCUGCUCUCGCUGGUGCUGCAUUUGCUGCUGCUGCUGCUGCCGGUUGUGCUGCAUUUGCUGCUGCUGCUGCUGCUGCGCGUCUUGCUUCUGUUGUUAGUACCCUCUUGUGCGCCUGCUGCCGCCAGAGUCGGGAGCAGGCCCGGGCCUAGGGUUUAG